GAAAUAGCUCACUUCCGGUUGCAAUAGGAAAUCCAAUCGAACCAGUGACCACAACAAGAAAGGGAAAGAACCGCCGCAAUCCCUUCUUCACGUUCUACUUCGUGGUUGUGUUCGUCAUGGCGAUGUCUACCUUCCAGAAAGUGACGCUUGCCACCUGCCUCGUGCUUUGCGUGGCCCUGCUGCUUCCCAGGAUGCUGUUGUCUCGCGGGAGGAAGGACGCUAGCGGUAGCGAAGGAGGUCAGUUCCCACCUAUGGUGCACCGUCACAUGGUCUCGGACGGACGAGGCCAAAGGGUGGCAGCGGGUUCAGGCACCUCGUCCAGGACCCAUAAGGCAGAGAGCAGCACCACCCGGGCCAAAGGUGCAGGAGCAGGAGGCGGGCUAGGAACGGCGGCCAAAUCCAACCUAGCGGGACAAAUCAUUCCUGUCUAUGGAUUUGGGAUUUUACUCUACAUCCUCUACAUCCUCUUCAAGAUCACAUCCAAGGGGAGCAGUCAGCCUCCAUUGGGCAGAUUCUCCUCGGUACGCUCAGAGAACACCAAAAGGAAGAUCACCGACUUUGAGCUGGUUCAGCUGCAGGAAAAGCUGAGGGAGACGGAGAUGGUGAUGGAAAAUAUAGUUUCCAACGUGCACCAAAGCUCUGACAGUGCCAGUAAGGGAGUGAAUGUGGACCAGGAGAGUCUCCUGCAGCAGCUGACAGAAAUAACUCGCGUGAUGCAGGAGGGGCACCUGGUGGAGGGCGUGGCAAUGCCCAACAACAACCACCAGGGACCCUGGAAAGAAGCUGACGACAGGGAUCCUCAAGACUUGCGGGAGCAUCCUCGCUGCUGCUGUCAGCAUUCUCCUUGUGGAGCACAGACACAAGCCGGGGAAGAUGACAGCAGUGACCGGGGAGAGAACCAUUCCGUGAGCUUUACAGGCACACACCAAGCCGAUAAUGAACCGGGUGCCGGUUCGGGAGGUGAGGAGGACCUGGACACAGAGCUGGAGGAGGUGUACCUGAGUGAGGAGCAGCAGAGGGAACGUGAGUACGAAGAGGAGAUCCAGCUGGGCGUGCCUGAGGAAGAGUUGGCGGGCGUGCUGAAGGAGCUCGAACUCACCUUGAAGAUGACGUCUGUCAUGGAGCGAGAGAAAAUGGACCGCCUGGAAUCGAGCGCCUUGCCCGGCGGCGGUCCCGUUAGACGGCGGAACAAAAAAACAAGCAAGGAGUCUCAGUGACUUCUCACUUGGACGAUGUUUUGCUUGAGGAGAAACUUAACAGGCAUGUGCCCAAAAUUCUGCAUGGAUUUCACAACCUUGGACUUUGCUUGAUAGCAAAUGCAAAGUGGUGUCCAAUUUUUUCUCAGAGGGCGGCGUCCAGAAAAAUCCAAGAAUCUCUGGGCCACUAUGAGAUUCUUUCACUUUUAAGGGGAGCGCUUCAAAAAACUGCACCAAGUAUUCAACCUUUUUUCAAAAUGCGUGCAAGCUUUCAAUAAAUAUUCCCUAUUUAAACUCCA